AUGGCGGACAAGAAGUGGCUGCUAGGACCGGGGCCACUGGAACCGAUGCCCCUGGACGUGACCUGCAAGCCCUGGUACAAAGACAAGUUACUCUCCAAGUGUUUUGCAAAGCACAAGAACGUGCUCCCGAAGUUCCCUACCUCCCUGGACAGCCGGCGGUGGAUAUUUGUGAAAGAGCUGCUGGACGACUUCCGGAAGGGUUGCCCACCUUGUGAAGAUCUGAUCACUCGCAGCCCUAAGGAGGGCUUCCUCCCCUGGAUUGUUCACAGAGUUCCCCAGCAUGCCCCCAAAAAGGGUCAGAAAAAGCUGCCCGAGGAAGCAAACCUGUUUUCCACGCUCUCGCCAGCCCAGCUAGCACAGAAGGCAUUCGUGGAGAACAUCGAACCCCAGCUAACCAAGCAUCCCUUGGCUCUCUACCCGAAUCUGGAGGAAAAUCUACCUGCAGACCUCUUAUUAAAGGUGCUGGAAGUGCUCGAUCCUGACGGGAAGCUGGAGGACACAUGGGCUUAUUGUCAGGGCCCCAGGAAAAGAACGAAGUCCCCCACAAAGCUUCGUAAAAAACGUCCUGCCAAGGUCUACCUGGAACCUCUAAAGAAGGCUCCUGUGUCACAUCCAGCCACUUUGCAUCACGAAGACAAGAAGUCAAGCAGAAAGGAUUCACUCACUGAUCCUCCUGUUCACAGAGAAGUACCGAAAGCAAUUCGUAAAUCCUUCAAAUGGGCUGCUGCUUUUGGAAACUUGGGCAUUGAUGAAGAGCUCAUCACGAAAGUGUGUGAGGUUGGCUGUGAGUGGCCACCAGCCCAGGAUACAGUCUACAUGAGGAAAGUAACCCAGGUCCCUUCAAAGGUAAAGUACAGCAUCGGGAUAGAGAAAAUGGAGAAGAUAAAAAUUACCCGGAGAGGAAGGAAACUGGGAGAGGAAACCCCAGAAACCACAGAAUCCUUAAAAACCCAACUCGGUGGAGAUGAGGUAUGGUGCAUUGUACCUGAAGCCCAAGUUGUGGAAAAAGCUAGUAAAUGA